GCCCCGGCGCUUGUGGUUCCGCCUGCCUGCCUGUGGCUCAGCGCGCCCAGCCUGCUUUCCGCUGCUUUCGCAGGUCUCUUAGUCUGAACCCGGGUGUGUUUGCUCUACUAGAGCAUCAGGAAGACUGUUCUGAAGGAAUGGUGGGCCACUGAGAUGAUUUGAAUGGCCACACUGGGUUUUACCUCGGUUUUCUGCCUUCCAUUGACUGUGCUGUCACUUGUCAUCCGUCUACAUUCCUAACCGUCUUCUGGCUAUACUUUAAUGCUGUUUAUCUCUUGGAGGUUUUAAAUUUUGGCACACUUAAGAAACCCUCUAAGAAUGAACUAUGACUGAUGACUCUCAGAGAAACUUUCGAUCAGUCUACUACGAGAAAGUGGGGUUUCGGGGAGUUGAAGAAAAGAAAUCCCUGGAAAUCCUCCUGAAAGAUGACCCUUUGGACAUUGAGAAGCUUUGUACCUUCAGCCAGAGGUUCCCUCUCCCGUCCAUGUACCGUGCAUUGGUAUGGAAGGUGCUUCUAGGGAUCUUGCCUCCACACCAUGACUCUCAUGCCAAGGUGAUGGCCUACCGCAAAGAUCAGUACUCUGACGUCCUUCAUGCACUGACGGUAGUCCGCUUCGUCAACGAUGCCACCCCUCAGGUUGAAGUGUAUCUUCGCAUGUACCAGCUUGAGUCUGGGAAGCUGCCUCGAAGUCCCUCUUUUCCACUGGAGCCGGAGGAUGACGUCUUUCUCGCCAUUGCCAAAGCCAUGGAGGAGAUGGUGGAGGAUAGCGUUGACUGUUACUGGGUCACCCGAUGCUUCGUGAAGCAGUUAAAUAGCAAGUUCCGGGAUUCUUUACCUCAGCUGCCCAAGGCUUUUGAACAGUACUUGAAUCUGGAGGAUAGUAGGCUACUGAGUCACCUGAAGGCCUGCUCUGCUGUGUCCAAACUUCCUUAUGAUCUCUGGUUCAAAAGGUGCUUUGCCGGAUGCCUGCCUGAGUCCAGUUUACAAAGGGUCUGGGAUAAAGUUGUCAGUGGAUCCUGUAAGAUCCUAGUCUUUGUCGCAGUAGAAAUAUUACUGACCUUUAAGAUGAAAGUCAUGGCACUGAACAGUGCGGAGAAGAUAACGAAGUUCCUGGAAAACAUUCCUCAGGACAGCUCUGACGCUAUUGUGAGCAAGGCCAUCGACUUGUGGCACAAACACUGUGGGACCCCGGUCCACUCAGCCUGACAGCUUGUGACUUCAUGGAUGGUCUGCAGGCCCUCCCUGAGCGCCCUGUCCAUGUCGCUACUAACUGUAUAGAAGUGGUAAUCUCGCUGUGGUGCUCAAAUGCUCCCUCCACCCCCACUCAGUAAAAUAAUUUAAUCACAG